AUGUCUGGUGUCCCACCCAGCCAGCAAGAAAUUCUAGAAUCUGCAGGCCAAACGAGUAUUCCAACUUUUCUAUCUGCACUGACUUUCAAUAGCCUGGUUGCCCUAGGCUUUUAUGGGGCUUUCUGGGUCCUCAGAACCCGUGUGCCACUGGUCUAUUCUCCAAGGACAUAUCUACUUCCAGAAAGGCAACGCACAUCAUCACUCAAGGGGUUAGAACUCCUCAAAUCCUGCAUAUGGGCAUCCGAGGAAACUCUCAUAGAGAAAUGCGGACAUGAUGCCUACGCAACAGUAUUUUACAUGCGGGCAAUGUUCAAAUUUUUCGGAUCUUUGGCUGGACUGGCUAUCAUCACCUUGUUCCCAUUACACGCGACUGGUGGGCAGAGCCUUUUCGGAUUGAACUGCUUGACGCUGGCAAAUAUUGCGCCGUGGGAAACCGUGAGACUAUGGGCGCAUCUGGUAGUCAGUUGGAUUUACAGUCUUGCUUGCAUGUUCACAAUCCAACAACUCCUGGCCAAAGCUACAAAACUCCGACAUUCCUUUCUUUUAAGCAACGACCAGCGUCUCUCGGUAUCCGGUUACUCUCUCCUCAUUCGGGACAUUCCCAAACGUCUGCGCGAUCCCACGAAACUCCACCGGUUAUUCGACCGGGUUCAGCCGGGAUGUGUCCACGCAGUGGUGGCAUUGAAAAGAAGCAAAACAUUGGAGCGAUAUGCGGAGAGACGUCGUACUGCAAGAGAUACCGUCGAGAAGGAGAUAACAAAAUACUUGCAAAACAUUAUGCGAAAGCAGGGGGGCAAUAGACGAAAGGGUAGUAUCACGCCAGAUCUGGAACAGGGAGCACAUGAGGAAGAAAUUGGCACAGAGAUGCAAGAAAUUCAUCAUCGCGACAAUGAGGAAGGCCCCGUCGAACGACCUCACGCUUCAGACUCAAAUCGUUUAACGGAAAUGGAGAUAUCGCCAGACGAAUACGAUGUCAAAGGUUCCUCUGACGAGCAAACGGAUAAUCCAUGCCCCGAUAAAAAAGUGGACAAUUCAAUCGCCAUUCAGAUCGCUUCUGACACCUCUCUGGAAGAACGGCGAGAGAUGUUUGUGGGCAGCAUUGAUUCAUCUUUCGUGUGGGAUGAAUGUAUAGAUUCACCCAUACCCAACAAUGAGACAGAAGCCGCAGGGCGAUCGUCCAAGACAUUGCCACCGUCUCCAUCUCCUCUCUCCGUCCGCCGUCCAACACGUCGCAAAAUGUACGUUCUCGGGCAUAAAGCAGACGCCAUAAGCACAAGCCUCCAAACACUUCAGGCAGUGUGCAGAAAGCACACCACGAGGCGUCUCCGACUCUAUUCUUCGGAAAAAUCUUACCAAGGCGCCGCAUUCGUCCUUUUUACAGACAUAUUUUCACCUCACGUUGCCGCUCUUGCCCAUAUACACGACAGGCCUGGAGUAAUGGCCGAUCGCUAUGCAUGUGUAAACCCUGAUGACGUUAUCUGGGAGAAUCUGGAUGUGCCGUAUUUGCAAAGACGUGGCAGAAUGCUGCUUGCAACGGCAGUAACGUUAACCGUGACAGUUUUCUGGGCUACCAUCACUACCUUUUUAUCCUCCCUAGCUUCUCUUGAUAAGUUGAUCUACUACGCCCCUUUCUUGGGCUUCUUCAACAAUUUUAGUCCUGCUGUCAGAGGAGUCAUUCAAGGUGUUGUCCCGACGGUCGCAGUAUCUGUGGUAUUUCAGCUGAUUCCCAUAAUCAUGAGACGUUUAUCACAUUUUGCUGGACAACCAACAUAUACACAGAUCGAAAGGCGAUUGUUGGUCUUCUAUUACAUAUUUCUGGUUUUCAACAUUCUCCUAGUGAUAACAAUAUCCGGUUCAUUAUUCACAGCCGUUGUCAACAUGAUAGAAUAUCCUUCCCGGAUUCUCUCCAUUUUAGCCACAUCAAUUCCGACCGUCUCAAAUUUUUUCGUCAACUACAUCAUGCUGCUCGCUCUCGGUGGUCCAUCCGGAGAGUUGCUGCAACUCGCCACUCUAAUCCUUAAGCCAACUAUGUUGAGAUUGUUCGGAGUCACACCGCGGGGUAUCAAGGAAUGGUCCAAGACAAAUGUGUUCAUGCCCGGACCAAUCAUGGCUCAGCAUUCGUUCGUGGCGACAGUUGGAUUGACCUAUUGUACAGUUGCACCGCUGGUACUCGUUUUUGUAGUUUUGUACUUUGGAUCUUACGCCGUUGCUUAUGGGUAUCAGAUGCAAUAUGUCUACAGCCAUUUGGCUCAAACCGGUGGACUAUACCUGCAUACAGCCGCUCGUCAGCUUUUUGUGGGCGUGUACCUUCACCAGCUCGUGCUGCUGGGUCUUUUUCUUUUGAAGAGGGCAUUCGCUCAAAGCGCAAUCAUGGCGAUUGCUCUGGCUAUAACCGUUUUAUGCCACCGUCACGCCGAUCUCUACAAACCCCUUAUGGCCGCGGCCCCGGCUAAGGCUGUGUUAAAAAUGGAAGAAAGAAUGAUUGGGACGGAUGCGGUAGAGGAUGCGGAGCAGGGAAUGUAUGUACGCGAUCGGGUGCGCCGAAACGAGAACAAAAUUGCCAAAGGCUCAGCCGAGAUCUUGAAAUGGAAUCAACGGAUAACUAGACAGACGGCUGAGCGCAUACACAAGGUGCUUGCAAAGGUGAAGAAGAGGUACAAGUCAAGAAAAGCUGGAACAAGUGCGGAAACAAUUUCCGAGUCCAAACAACAACAGGAGCAUUCUAACGAACAUCCAGCACCGCAAACGGAUCAGCUAUAUUUAGAAAACCCCAUUAUACUGAGGUCCGAGUCGAUAGCAGCCAGCGACGAUUCCGAAUCAAAUGCCUCAAAUGACGAUUCUGAUAUGGACCCGGAGUCAGUGCCUUCAACUUCCCCGCGGGUGAAUGCUUCCGCAAUGGCCAAUCCGCAGCGACAUUAUCUUGGACCCUCAGACUUUACCGAACAGCUGGCGCCCCCAUCUGCGCGUUCGGCACCCUUGACUCUCUGGAUUCCAAAGGACAUGUACGGAAUGGCCGAAGCAGGUAUUCGGCGGGAGGUGGAGGAUGCAGUGGGUGAUGCUGUGAAAUUGACGACAGAAUGGGCGCGUUUGGAUAGCGAUGGGCGUGUAAGGAUAGAUGUUGAGGGAAUUGCCGAAUUUGCUAUUUAG